AUGCUGAAGGACGUCGAGUGCAUCGAGCGCAGCCUGCUGUCUGACUGGCAGAAACUCGACGCGCUGCGCACGUUCGUCGUCCCCCAGGUGCAGUUCAGCCUCCUGACGGCCAGGGUCAAGAAGGAGGCCUUCGCCGAGCUGGACCGCGAGCUGAAGCGCGUCGCCAAGGACGCCAUGCACCUGCCGCAGCGCGCCAGCGCCGAGCCCGUCUUCCUGCCGCCGCACAAGGGCGGCGCCAACAUCCUUCCCCUCGGCGACCUCGCGGACGUCGGCGCCGUCGUGCACGCCUUCAAGGUGCUGACGUGCCCCGACCCCGUCGUCAGGACCGUCGCCGUGGCCAGCGCCAAGAGGACCGCCGGCCGCCUGCUGGGCCGCGAGGCCUCCGACGAGGACCUCGCCGCCGUGCUGUCCGGCGCCCCCACCCCCAAGGGCGUCCACAACGCGUCGAACAUCUGGUCGGCGGCGCGGAACGCCUCGCGCCGGCUGGCCGCCAAGAUCGUCGACUUCAGGUGGGGCUGGAGCCCCACGCUGGACCGCCUGCAGGUGCACGUGCCGUUCCCCGGCAGGGAGGUGGAGGGCGCCAUCGUGGACGCCGCCUCCCGCCACCUCCUACACCACAAGAUUCGCCAGGGCCUCCAGCACCGCCACCUACUCAACCUCAUCGCCAAGCCGGACCAGGGCAAGGUGUACGAGGCCGCGUCCCGCGACCCCGCCUCCAACCACUUCCACGGCGCGGGUCAGUCCAUGCGGGCGUGCGGCCACCCCGACGAGACCACCGCCCACGUGCUGAACCACUGCUUCGCGCGCCACUCCAUCGCCAUCAACAACCGGCACCGCGCCGUGCUGCGGAACGUCGUGGAGGCCCUGCCCGAGCCCGUCCGCCGCAACGCCAAGCUGGAGAGGACCGUCGCGGGCUCCGGGUCCGACGACAAGCCCGACCUGGUCGUCAUCGACGAGGGCCUGCGGACGGCGGUCAUCGUCGACGUCUGCUGCCCGUUCGACAAGCGCUACCACGCCCUGGAGGUCGCGCGCCGCUACAAGGAGACCAAGUACCAGCACCUCGUGGACCACCUGCGGGGCCGCGGCUUCGCGGCGUCGGCGCACGCCAUCGUCGUGGGCAGCCUGGGCAGCUGGGACCCGGCCAACGACGCGGUUCUGGCGCGGCGGCUCUUCAUCCUGCCGCACGCCAUCAAGAGCCUCAAGCGCAAGUGCGUCAGUGACGUCAUUCGCUGGUCGCGCGACCUGUACGUCGAGCACGUCUCGCAGAAGCGGCAGUUCAGCGAGAACGUCACGCUGCCCGCGCUGUGA